AUGCUAGACGAAGCUCUGCCCACUUUCUUUCUGAAGCCCUCGGCGGACAAGGUCAAGCAUCACGAAUCCUUUUACUACACGCAACAUGGCUCUGAGCCGGAAGCCUCAUAUUCCCUCACGAGUGUCGACCCCGCCUCCAACGAUGCGAAGAAUACCUACGCGGUAGCCCUGUUCGAUUCACACAACCCCGACAUAUUGUACGGCGAAGUUCUCUCCAAGCCGGGAUGGACACAGCCAUCGUUAUCGCAGGAAGAGAUACGCAAGAAUGGCGGAGUCCCGCCGCCGCCGCAGCCCAUCUUCCCCACCGAGUUCGCCAUCCAGCUCUACAACCCGGACCAGCAGAUCAUCGUGAAGCAGCAGACCACCAAAUGGAGCUCAACCAUAUCGUAUGAGUUCAGCAUGCCUCAGACCUCAUUCAGGACGCCUAGUUCCUCGAAUCUCGACCGAACCAUGAGCGACCCGGGUGCCGACGCCACCACUCCGCACAUAAACUUCGUUUGGAGGAAAGAAGGCCGGCUGGGCAAGGACAUGACAUGCUAUCUUACCGGCAAGUCGACGGACGUAGUGGGCAAAAAAGCAAAGAAGAGCAAAGAGCCAGACAUUGCCGUUGCUCUGUUCUCCGGGCUGAAGGAGAUAACAAUCAUGGAACCAAACCUCUAUCGAGUGGAGAUGGAGGACUAUAAAGGUUUGGAAGUGGUCAUAUUACUCGGAGGUGCCGUGAUACGGGACCUCUUCUUCAGUAACGCUCGGGAGUCGUACCACAUUCUAGACCCGAACACACGCAAGAACAGCGGCGGCAUUAGGACACGAAAAGGCUCGUCGCCGCUUGAACCAUCGACCGUCAUGCAGCCCGUCAUGACUCCUCAGCCUCCACCACAACCUCAAAGACCCGUGCAGCGGCCGAUUCAGAAUACCAACACUCAUCCUGCGACUGGGUCAUACAUCCAGCCAUCCCGCAACGCCGCCAAACGCACAUCGCUCCCUCCACUGGAAACUGGGAACCGGCCGGGCCCGCGGCUAGAUCCUCGACGGCAGUGGGAGUUAGAUGCUGAGACAGCGCGCCUGCGAGAGCAGGUAGAAGCCGAAGCAAGAGAGCAACGGCGACAAGCUGACAGCAAGCGAAGACAAUUGGAACAAGAGGAGGAACGAAAAACACGGCAGUUCCUCGAAGACGAAGACAGGCGUCGAAAACAAGACGAGAAGGAGCGCAGACGGCGACAGGGUGAAAUAGAUCGGGAAACUGAACGCCUGCGGAGACAGUUCGGAGAUCAGAGCAAUCUUCUGUCCCCUUCACAACACCCGCAAAGACACUCUGUGCCCCUUGCGCAAGGCCCAUUCCAUCGUCCUGUACCUGCAUCGCAACCGCAGCGCCCGGGUCCAGGUCCAUACUUGCAGCCUCCAGGAGCGCAGGCCUCACAAAGUGCGUACUUCAGUAACGGCCUGCCAAAGCCCAACGGGCAGCAGAGGAUGAGAAAGAAGAGCUUCUGGGGCCUGCGAAGCUCGAGCGAAUCGAAUGCGAAUACCCUCAGGAAAAAGCAGAGUAGUAUGUUCUAG